AUGUCGAAGUUCUGGCCCAAGGGAGGUCUUCCCGGUAUUCUGCACCACUACACCGAAACCCUCGUCGCGUUCGAAUAUGCCUCAUCCACCGUCCGCCAACCACACAGUCUCCUCUUCGUCGGAGGUCUCGGCGACGGGCUCGCGACAACCUCCUACAUGGCCGACCUUGCGCGCGCAUUGCAAAAUUCCGAAUGGUCCCUCUUCACUCUGAACCUCACAUCCUCAUACCAGUCCUGGGGACUGGGACACUUGGAUCGCGACACCAACGAGAUCGCCCAGUGCCUCGAAUACAUUAAAAGCUACAAGGGCGACAAGUUCGGCGGAGGCAAACUCGCCAUGAUGGGCCACUCAACCGGUAGUCAGUGUGUGCUGCACUAUCUCUCCCAGGCGAACCCGCACACAAACAUCCCUGCCUUCGACUCCGGGAUCGAGCACAUUAAGCGACCUGCUCUCGAUGGCGCGAUCAUGCAGGCCCCCGUCUCUGAUCGCGAGGCUAUCUUUUGGGUGCUGAAGUGGGGUAUUGGUGAUACGACGCCUGAGAAGGCGCGCGCGACAUAUGAUGAGAUGGAGAGAUUGGCUAGGGAGGCUGUGGCUGAAGGCAAGCCUCAUGAUACUAUACUGCCUCUCUCUUUGACUUCCAUGAUCUACCCCGCCAAUACCCCGAUCAGCUGUCGUCGGUUCUUAAGUCUGGUUAGCCCGGAGAGUCCUCAGGCGCCGCAGGAGGAUGACUUAUUCAGUUCGGAUCUGAGUGAUGAGCACUUUGGUACCACUUUUGGUGAAAUCCAGAAGUAUGGCCUGCUGAAGCACAAGCUGAUGGUGCUUAUCUCUGGGAAGGAUCAGUCUAUCCCUGACUGGGUUGAUAAGGAGAAGAUGCUGGCCAGGUGGAAGAAUGCUACCGACCACGCGGGUAAAUAUGAGAUCUGGGAUGAUAAGCACAGUGGUGUCAUUCCUAAUGCGUCCCACGCGUUGAGCAAUGAUGACCAGGCCGAGGCUCGGCAGUGGCUUGUGGGGAGAGUGUUGGGUUAUCUGAAAACAGCCGAAGAGAAGGCAUAG